GGACGUGCCCCGCGUUCCGCUUCCGCUUCCCCGGUGAUGGGGCCGCGGUCGCUGCCGCCGCUGGAGCCCGGGGGCCGCCCGCAGCGGGGCCAGUGGUACCGGCUGCGGCCGCAGGGGGAGCGGCCUUGCGGCCGUGUGGGCCACGGCUGCCUUCUCCUUCCCGGCGGCGGCUCCGGCACCGGCCGCGUCCUGAUCCUCGGCGGCGCCGACCCUGCCGGUGCAUUCGCGGACGCGCACUUCGUGGAGCUGGGUGAGGGUACUCACCGCUGGGCCGCCGCCGGCUGGAGCGGGCUGAGGCCGCGCUAUGAGCACGCCACGUUCCUGCCCAGCGCUGGGAGCCCGAGGGUUUGGGUCUUCGGAGGCGCCCACCCCGCGGGGAACCGGAGCUGUGUCCAGGUGCUGGACCCGGAAAUAGGAACCUGGGAGAGCCCUGAAGUGAGCGGGGAGCAGCCGCUGCCUCGGACCUUCCACACGUCCUCAGCAGCCAUAGAGAAGUGCCUGUACGUGUUCGGAGGAGGAGAGAAAGGAGCAGAACCAGUCAGAGAUCAGCGGCUUCACGUGUUUGACACAGCCACCCUGACCUGGUCCCAGCCAGAUACUCACGGUGAACCCCCUUCUCCUCGGCACGGACACGUCGUGGUUGCAGUUGGGACCAAACUCUUCAUCCAUGGAGGUUUAGCUGGGGAUGUUUUUUACAAUGACCUGUUCUGUAUCGAUACAACUGACAUGAGGUGGGUUAAGGUACCAGCCACCGGUGAUGUCCCAGGAGGACGAGCAUCCCAUUCAUCAGCUGUGUUUAAAGACCACUUGUACAUUUUUGGUGGAAUAGGUCCAGAGGGGACGCUGAACACCACAUACAAGUAUCACACAGAGAAGCAGCAAUGGACACUCCUCCAGUUCGAUGCCCCUCUGCCUGCUGGGAGGCUGGACCACGCCAUGUGUGUCAUUCCCUGGUGGGUUGGGAAGAGUGAACACACAGGAGGCGACACUGGGGAAGCCACAGCUGGUCCCCUGCUGCAGAGCCAGGAUGAGGGGCAUGCUGGGGCCACAGUUGUGCAUCUGCUCUUGGUGUUUGGUGGGAUGGACACCCAGGGGGAGAUAUACAGGGACUGCAUUGUCAGUCUGAUUGAAUAGCAGAGCUGUGCUCCUGCACAGCACCAGCCUUUUCUACACACUUUUAUACUGUUGGGUUACUUCUUGGCAAUAAAGAAGUUCUUACCCUCAAA